AUGACUUACUUUCGUUUUGAAGCAUAACAUCAUUAAAGUGUUGCACACUUCUAUUGUUAUGGAUUAAAUUAGUAUGUAAAUUGGUAGAAUAAUGGACUUUUAUCCCGGGAGUUAUGGGUUCGAGUCCCAUAAUGGCCGUAUCAAAACACGAGUGCAAACAUCAUGGCAGAAUCGUCACAUUUUAGAUCUAAGCGUACGACUUAUGGUCGCAAGGAAGAAAAAACUGCUGAAGUACGACGAUGUGGGUGGAGGUCCGAAAAAAGCGCAAUCACGUGGAAAGUCGUUCAACAGAUUUCGAGAAUUAAAUGAUGCACAGUUUAACCAUGGUGAGGUCGGUGGGCCUCGGGCGAAAAAAGGUUUUCAUGUCCCUUCGUUCGACGAUGUUGAAGGCUUGCACGAAGAAGAGGUAGACCAUGGUCAAGUUGGAGGUCGCCGGCCGAAUACAAACUUGCUCGGAGCGUCGUUCGGGCAGUUGUGAAGGAUUAAACGAUUUCGAGGGAGAUAUUUUAAAGGUUUUCUAUGUCAACUUCAACUUUACAAUAGAAGAAAGCUUGAUAUGUG